UAACCCACCCUCAUUAACAUCCAUGCUUUGCUCUUGUCCCAGACACAAUGACUAUUUUAAUAUCUUUUAUUGUUUUACUAUUUUCUGGAACGACUUUUAGCCAAGAGAAAACAUAUGUCCUUACAGCACCAAAGAUCUUCCGAGCUGGGGCCUCUGAGAAAAUUGUAGUUCAAGCUUUUGGUUACCAGGAGGAAUUUGCAGUCAUCGUUGCCCUGAAAAGCUUCCCAGAUAAGCUCCUUGUGUAUUCCUCUGCUCAGAUCUCCUUAACCCCAGCCAACAAAUUCCAAGCUGCUGUCACUCUAACAGUUCAACCAGGAGAUUUACCAAGAACAGAUACUUCAGACAAGUAUUUAUAUUUGGAAGCUGUUUCUCCACAUUUUACAAGAUUUAAAAAAAUUCCUGUUUCCUAUGAGAAUGGGUUUCUUUUCAUUCAUACAGACAAACCAAUUUAUACUCCUGAUCAGUCAGUGAAAGUCAGAGUUUACUCUCUGGAUGAAGAACUGCAGCCAGCUGGGAGAGAGACUGUGCUAACUUUUGUGGAUCCUGAAGGAGUGGAAGUGGAUAUUCUGGAAGAAAAAGAUUUUACUGGAAUUGUUUCUUUUCCUGACUUCAAGAUCCCUCCUAAUCCUAAGUAUGGAAUUUGGAAGAUUAAAGCCAAGUACAAGAAGGAUUUUACGACCUCAGCUGUGGCAAAAUUUGAAGUUAAGGAAUAUGCAAUGCCAAGCUUUUCCAUCACCAUCGAGCCAGAGAGUAACUUCAUUAGUUCUGAUAAAUUCGAGAACUUCAGGAUUGUUGUGAAAGCUAGCUAUUUUUCCAACAAAAAGCUUCCCAGUGCUGAUGUUUUUCUUCGUUUUGGAAUAAUUGAAGAAAGUGAGAAAAGAAUGAUGCCUCAGGCAAUGCAAGUAACGAGGAUUGAAAAUGGAGUUGCUAAGAUCAAUUUUAACAGCAAGAGAGCAGCAAGUUCUAUAGGCUUUGACAGUCUGGAAGCACUGGAUGGCUCAUAUUUAUAUAUUGUGGCAUCAGUAUUGGAGUCUAUGGGUGGCCUCAGUGAAGAGGUGGAGUUCACUGGAGUCAGGUUUGCUGUCUCUCCUUACAAGCUGAGUUUGAUUGCCACUCCUCUCUUUGUGAAGCCUGGACUUCCCUUCUUCAUCAAGGUGCAGGUGAAAGACACCAUGGAUGACUUUGUUGGGAAUAUCCCUGUAACUGUCACUGCCAAAUCCUUAAAUGAGCAAAUGGAUGAGACUCACUUGAUAUCAGAGGGUUCAGAAUCUGGGAGAAGAAAAACAAGCAUCAGUGAUGGAACUGCUUUGUUUGUUGUUAAUAUCCCACCAAACAGCAAAAUGUUGGAGUUUCAAGUGGAAACUGCAGAUCCACAUCUUUCAGAUGAAAACCAAGCAAGUAAAAGCUAUGAAGCAAAAGCUUAUUCAUCCCCGAGUCAGAGUUAUCUCUAUAUUGACUGGGCUUCAAACCACAAAACCGUGGAAGUGGGGGAUGUAAUAAAUAUUAAUGUAUAUCCCCAAAGUCACUACAUUGACAAAAUACAUCACUACAGCUAUUUGAUCACAUCAAAAGGGAAGACAGUGAGCUUUGGAACUCAGGAGAGAAUUAAGGAUUUGGAAUAUGACCAUCUAACUUUACAGAUAACCCAAGAGAUGGUUCCUUCAGCACGUCUCAUUGUUUACUACAUUGUCAUGGCAGAAGGAGCUGCAGAGCUAGUGGCUGAUUCAGUUUGGCUGAAUGUGGAACAGAAAUGUGGGAAUAGCCUUGAUAUUAAGCUGCAGUCAAGCAAAGAGACACUGAAACCAGCAGAGGUUGUAUCACUCACCAUGAAAACCCAGCACAAUUCCUAUGUUGCUUUGUCAUCUAUUGACAAGGCAAUAUAUGGAGUCACAGGAAGAAGGAAGAGGGCAAUGGAAAAGAUGAUGCUGCAGCUGGAGAAGAGUGACCUUGGCUGUGGGGCUGGGGGAGGGCAGAACAACAUUGCUGUGUUCAGGAUGGCCGGGCUCACCUUCCUCACCAAUGCAAAUGCUGAUGACUCAGAGGAAGCAGGUGAACCUUGCAAUGAAGUGUUAAGAACCAAACGGUCUGACUUCAGGGAAAAGAUACUCAGACAAGUGGCCAAAUACCGAGACCCAGAAGCCCGGCAGUGCUGCAUGGCUGGAGUAAAAGCUUAUCCAGUCUCUAUGACCUGCAGGGAGAGAAUUCAGAGCACACGGAGGAGCCAGAGGUGCAUUUCUGCAUUCACAGAUUGCUGUGAAUUUGCCAACAAGCUGCGGCUGGAAGAGCCAAACAAGCUCCUGAUAUUGGCCAGAAUGCAUUUUGAGGCUCUCUUGGAACUGGAUGAGGCACAAGUUCGUAGCUACUUCCCUGAAAGCUGGUUAUGGGAAGUUCACCAAGUUUCUUCAAGGUCCAAGACUCUGUCUGUCACCUUGCCUGAUUCACUGACCACCUGGGAAGUACAAGGUGUUGGCAUUUCAAAUAAAGGUAUUUGUGUUGCUGCACCUUUGGAAAUCCAAGUUGUGAAGGACAUUUUCCUGAGCAUUUAUGUUCCUUAUUCCGUGGUACGAGGGGAGCAAAUCGAGUUAAAAGGAUCCGUUUAUAACCAUAAAGCCUCUGCAAUUAAGUUCUGUGUUAAAAUAGCAGCUGGAAAUGGAGUCUGUACCUUUGGAGAUUCUGCAAGUGCUGGGUCGAGGAUGAGGAGCUGUAAAUUGAAGAAUUUGGAUGCUGGCUCUUCCUCAGCAGUCACAUUCCGGAUCCUCCCCCUGGAAUUGGGUCUUCACACUGUCAACUUCACACUGCUGACCCCCAGGAACAGUGAAAUUGUAGUCAAAACUUUACGUGUCGUGCCAGAAGGCAUUAAGAAAGAACUCCAUGCAGGAUUCACAUUGGAUCCACAGGGUGUUUAUGGUUCAAUCAAGAGACGACAAGAAUUUCGAUAUAAAGUCCCACUAAAUCUGGUCCCUAAAACACAAAUUGACAGAAGUGUCAGUGUAAAAGGACAUCUUCUGGGUGAAGUGAUUGGCACAGUGCUGAGCCCCAGGGGCCUGCAGAUGCUGAGCAGCCUGCCCAGGGGCAGUGCAGAGGCAGAGCUGAUGAGCAUUGCCCCAGUGUUCUACGUGUUCCGCUACCUGGAGGAGUCGGACAAUUGGCAUCUGCUGGGCCCUGAGACCCUGAGCUCCAGGACCCAGAUGAGGAGGAAGAUGAAAGAAGGAAUUGUGAGCAUCUCGUCCUUCAGGAAUGCUGACAGCUCCUACAGCAUGUGGAAGAAUGGGCAAGCUAGCACAUGGUUGACAGCUUUUGCUUUAAGGAUCCUUGGGCAAGUGAAUCAAUACAUUAAUCUUGAUCAAAUGGCUGUUUGUGAUUCCCUUCUGUGGCUGAUUGACAACUGUCAGAUGUCAGAUGGGUCAUUCAAUGAAUUUUCAAACUACCAGCCAGUGAAACUGCAGGGUACAUUACCUCGAGAAGCUAAAGAAAAAUCUUUGUAUCUCACAGCAUUUUCUAUUAUUGGAAUUGACAAGUCAAUGAAAAUAUGUCCUACUCAGAAAAUCCACGAUGCCAGGAGCAGAGCAGGGGAUUAUUUGGUGCAGAACGUGCAGCUGGCCCAGAGCCCCUUCACAGUGGCCAUCACCGCCUACGCGCUGGCCCUGCUGGACCCCAGCCACAGCGCGGCUCGGGCGGCCUUCUCUGCCCUGAAGAGAGAGGCCUUUGUCACAGGUACUGCAUUCAUUCUGCCCUGCAGAGAGGCCUUUGUCACAGGUGACCCUCCCAUCUACAGGUUUUGGAAAGAUGCUUUCAAAGCACAAGAGCAGGCAACCCCCAGCUCUGUCACUGCACAAAUGGUUGAAACCACAGCCUAUGCCCUGCUCACUGCUUUGCUAAGAGGGGAUGGAGACUAUGCCAAGCCCAUCGUCAAAUGGCUCUCUGAAGAACAGAGAUAUGGGGGAGGAUUUUAUUCAACUCAGGACACUAUUAAUGCCCUUGAGGCCCUGACUGAAUAUUCCCUCCUUGUCAAACGGCUGCAUUUGGACAUGGAUGUUAAAGUGUCCUACAAAAAUGGUGGACCCCUAAACUUAUUUAAACUGACUGAAGACAAUUUCGUGGGAAGAACUAUGACAGCACCUCUGCAAGAUGAUCUGUAUGUAAGCACUGGCAGCAGCACUGGCAUAGCUACAGUAAAUGUGAGGACAGUGUAUAACACCAUGGGUACUUCUGAAGAGUCCUGUAACUUUGAACUGAAGAUUGUUCCCAAGAGAGAUGAUGGUCGCAUUAAAGGAGAGGGGGAACCCCUGGGGCGCCUGGAGGCUUGUGCAAAGUACAGGCCCAGUGCCAGGGAGCCCCGGUCGGGCUCUGCCCAUGCUGUGAUGGACAUAGGGCUGGUCAGUGGAGUGGAAGCCAAUCCAGAGGAUUUAUCUACUCUUGCGAGUGGAGUCGAUCAGCUGAUAGCAGAUUAUGAGAUAAAAGAUGGGCACGUUCUCCUGCAGAUAGACUCUGUGCCAGCUCACAAGUUCCUGUGUGUUGGCUUCAGGAUCAGUGAGCUUUUCCGGGUUGGAAUGCUGAACCCUGCCACCUUCACUGUGUAUGAAUAUCAUGCACCAGACAAAAGAUGCACCAUACUUUAUAACCCCUAUGGAGAUGAAAAACUGGUGAGAUUGUGUGAAGGAGAUGAAUGCAAAUGCAUGGAAGCUGAGUGUGGUAAAGUCCAGGAGAGACUCGGUGGGUCGGUGACUGCUGAGAGCAGGAGAGAGGCUGCCUGCCAGGGGGACACUGCUUAUGUUUAUAAAGUGAACAUUUUAUCUCGCAGUGAGGAGGGGUUUUUUGUGAAGUAUUCUGCAAAUCUUCUGGACCUCUAUAAAAGGGGGCAGGCUUUUGCUCAAAAAAAUAAUGAAAUAACCUUUGUUAAAAAGAAGUCUUGUGCAGAAGUUGAAUUGAACCCAGGAGAGCAGUAUUUGAUCAUGGGAAAAGAAGCUCUAAAGAUAAGCAUUGGUUACAGUUUCAAAUUCCAGUACCCUUUGGACUCCAGCACUUGGAUUGAGUGGUGGCCUUCAAAUACAGCCUGUCCAUCCUGUCAGGAGUUUCUGAACACAAUGGAGGAUUUUGCUGAAGAUCUCCUCAUCAGUGGCUGUUAAUUCACUGGGACAAGUUUUUAAAUUAAAAAUCCAGAUCAAAUCCCAUUGAAAAGAAGAAAAAGUCCUCACCUCUUUAUUAAUUCUUUUUGACUGAACACUCAUUAAUAGUUAUCAUGAAAAAUUAUCUUGGCAUGCAUUUUACAGCAAUGUUGUUGCAGCAGAGUAGUGUUCAAAUAUGAUUUGUAAGCUUGGAUGAGAGAAUAGCACAGAAGGGUGCAAAGACAUUUGAAGUCAAAAGAGUUGGAUUGACUGCAAAAACAAACAUGAAAAGCACUGUCUUGUCACUAAACCCAAAUCUUAUCAGAACAGAAAUAUAUGCAGCCACUUUGUAAGCUCUCUGUGAAAGAAACUUCAUUCCUUAGCUUUUCCUUUUGUACUCUUUUUUUGAAUUCCUGCAUUUCCAUUCCUGACAGUAACUGAUGCUGGGUUUAUGCUCUGCUUUCUUGUUUAAAAAAAGAAAAAAAAAAUACAAAAUGCUUCAAAUAUAUGUGUGCCUUUAUUAUCUGUGUUUUAAGAAACAGUCAUCUGAAUCAACA